AUGGGAAACCUAUGCGGAGGACCCGCCACGGCGCCGGACGGCAAGGCGAAGAUUCAUGCUUUAACACUCUCCUGCAACGCCAUGUCGCCGGUACUCUUUGCCCAAGACACCGGCAUUGGCGCCUUUGAGUUCUGCGACCUCAUGUCGGGUGCACACUUGAAGCCUGAGUUCUUGGCGAAGAAUGCCUUCCACACGAUCCCAACUUACGAGGGUGCAGAUGGCUUUACCCUAGGUGAGUCGAACGCUAUCUUGCGCUACAUGGCCGCGAAGUAUGCCCCGGCUUACUACCCGGAAGGUGACCCAAAGAUGAGAGCCCGAAUCGAUUGGGCCAUGGAUGCCAUGGGCACCUCGGUGUAUCAGAAGUGGCUCCAAAGGACCUACCCAAUCUUGGGCUUUGGCUCCCACCCUGCGGACCAGGCGAAGGUCAAUGAGGAGCUCAGUGAGAUCUUGAGCUGCUUCAAGAAGACCUUCAUCGGCCAAGGCAAGUACAUUUGUGGUGAUAAGCUCACCAUCGCGGACUACAAGGUAAUGCCUUAUUUGCACUGCGCGAUGCAGCCCAUGAUCAAGCAGAAAUCCGGCAUUCAGAUUGACCCCCGACUUGAGCAGUAUGUGAAGGAUUGCAUGGCGGCCAUGCCAUCCUCAUCGAUGCUGAAGGCAGCUGACGGCUUCGGCGUGGAGGAGUUCCUGGCCACGAAGACCGACCUUCCCAACUAUGCGGGCUCUGUGGUCACAUGUGGAAGCGGGCCGACAGCAGGGGCAAUCAAGACAGGUGCGGCCAACGCUGGCGAGAAGGCGGCCAAGAUCCAUGGUAUGCCGGUGUCUGCGAACUGCACAGGAGCGCUGAUGCUGGCAACGGAAACUGGCGUCGGUGCGAUGGAGCUGUGUAAUCUGAUGGAGGGUGCCCACAAGAAACCCGCAUUCCUGGAGAAGAAUCCUUUCCACCAGAUUCCGACAUACGAGGGGUCGGAUGGAUUCUGCAUCGGGGAGGGCAACGCGAUCAUGCGCUACAUCGCUUCGAACUACGCACCGCAGUACUACCCUGGAGACGCAGAGAACCGUGCCAAGAUCGACAUGGCCAUGGAUCUGUUCAGCACGGGCGUGUACCAGAAGGUGGCGGUCUCCGUCGUCUACCCGGUGAUGGGCUUCGGGGCGCCGCCGGCAGACCAGGCCAAGGCGAACAGCACCGCCACCGAGGCCCUCGGUAUGGUGGAGAAGACAUUCUUCAAGACUGGCAAGUUCCUUGUGGGUUCGCAGCCGACCAUUGCUGACUUCAAGGCAGGUUCUUCCCGUUUACCGGACUUUGCCCUCGAGGAUGCUGGUGAGUUUGUACUGGCUCUGCCCUUCCUCUACGCAGCCAACCAACCUGCCGUCAAGAAGAAGACCGGCUUCACCUUGCCUCCUCGCUUCGUGACGUAUGUCAACGAUUGCGUGGAAGCUUUCAGCAAGAGCAACAGCUUGCUUUCAUCAGCCGGUGGAUUUUCCCUCAAGGAGUACCUCGCCACGAAGGAGUGUAACAUUUCUAUACCAAAAGGCAGCAAGGCUGCAGAGAUCUAUGUUUAUUUCCUCCCCGCGGGGGGAAAUGUGGACUUCGGAGGCAUUCCGAGCCCACAGGGCCGAUGGGAUGUGGAGCUGGUCGACCAGGACAAGGUCUUCACCGAGGCGGAGGUCCGCCGGCACAAUCGCGAGAAGGACGCGUGGAUAUCCUUCAAUGGCUCUGUGUACGAUAUCACCCGGUACAUUCCGCAGCAUCCGCCCUGCUCCGGAUUGGACUGGUCGAAGCGUUUGGCCGGACGGAGAUUUGAGGAUUUCUUGGGUCAGGAUGCUUUUGGCCCCGCACACCUAGGCUGCGGCCCCGAUGCCAACUGCAGCAGAGGAGUGAAGGCUGAACUUGCAAAGAUCCUGCAGCCCUAUCGCAUCGGCAAGCUGGCUCCCCCGGUCCUAUCGGAUGCGGCUCGACAGUGGCCAGAUGUCGAGCCCGGCGCGGUGCGGCUGUGUCUGGAGCGCUCGGAUGGCAGCUUGUUUGGAAUCUUUACGGUUGCAGAGCUUCGGAAGGCCUUCAAGCCUUGCACAAAAACGGUGACCCACCAGUGCAGUACUUCGGGCAACGUGAACACCAAAGAGUGGACGGGUGUCCGCGUAUCUGAACUUCUUCCGCGGAUGGGGCACAGACCGCCCACCUAUGAGACGUUGGUCACUUUCGUGGGCAUGGACGGUUUCGGGUAUUCCAUGUUCUGGUCUCGCGCCAUGAGAGACGACGUAAUCCUGGCCUAUUCCCAGGACGGCGAGCAGUUAGAUGCGGAAAGGGGAGGACCACUCCGGCUGGUGAAAGAUGGGCAGCACGCCAAGUGGAUUGAAACGAUCAUCGUAGAGUGA